AUGAGAGUGGAGUACCUCCUGGUGAGAGAGCAGAGGAAAUGUGUCAUGUUGACACCUGGGAACUGCAAUGCUGUGCUCAGGAGGCAGCUGGCCUUGUGUUCUGCUCGGAUCCCUAAGGCUGAUCCACGUUCUGCUUUGUUCCAUGCUGUCAGCACUUCUCAGGGACCACAAGGUGGCCCUGUACCACUCAAAAUCCUACCAGGAAACAAAAUCCAAUUCAGAAGAUUCCAGAAAAUUCAUGUAAGUAGUACUUACAGAGUUGUGGUCAGGAGUAAGGAAACUGAUAAGGUAAGGGAUGCUGAGGAAAUCGAGGAUCAGCAACAAUGGAGAAGUCUUACCGCUCCAUGGGCUUCAGGAGGUAAGAAGAGGAAUUGCUGUUACUGGAGAACCAAGCUGGGGGACCCAAGGAAGAAUGGCCUGCAGAGUCAUGAGCUGAAAACCCUAAACAUAUUAUGUCUUUUAAGCACCACAACAAGAUGGGUGUUACUAGUACCUGAUUUUUAUAUAUGCGGAUGCAAUGUGUUAUAUAACUUGUUCAAGGACACAGAGCUAAACAAUUGCAGAUCUAGGUCUCUUAACCAUCCCUCUGACUUCAAAGUCCAUACUCCUACCUACUGCAGUAACAGCUUCUUCAUCAGAUCCUUACUGAGCCCCUCCUAUGCCAGGCACUGCUGGAGGUAUUGGCUGCAGAAUAAUGAACGAAACCAACAUGAUCUUUCCCUUCAUUCACCUUCCCUCCCUUUGGGGGCAGAUUUAUGUUCUGCUAUUUCCCCUAAAAUGGUAUAGGCGAUAUCUUCUUGCCUCUCUUCAGACUUGCUCUUCCCAAACAAGAUGGGGUUCUGAAUGUUGUUGCCAUAUGUUCUCAUUCACUUUCCUGAGGACCAAAGGAUGGGAGGUGGGGAAUUGGGCAGUGUGGUAAAAAGAGAUUUCUCCUGCUUUUCCUCUCAAAACCUGUUGGGAGUCCAGCCCUCACAUCCAGCAAGCCAGGCUGAGGGCCCAGUUGUUGCUACAACAGCAUAUACAGUGUUGCUGAGAAUUGGUUUGUUCUGCUUCAGUGUGUUCACCCUUGGAUGAAAAGUCAACCAGAUUGACAUCUUAUGCUUCUGUUUUUAGGUCCUCUGAUAUAUGGUCAUCUCUUGUCUGAGGUUUGUUUCCCAGUAGACCUGCUUCCAGAUUUUACACCUCCCAAGUUAAAAGGGGCUUGGCUUAGAGCAGUGGGUCUCAACCUUCCUAAUGCCGCAACCCCUUAAUA